CGCAUAGGGAUCCUGCAUCAGGGGACGACGAUGCGGGUGAAGUCGAGGAUCCAUGGGAUGCACCUUACCCACUAUCCGUCACCUCCAUCAGCAGGCCUGUCAUGCGAGUGGAAUGUGGUUCCGACUUUUCCUUCGCAAUCACGACUGCAAACGAGCUCUGGUGCUGGGGAUGCAACGCGGAUGGCCAAUUGGGAUUGGGACAUACGUACUUGAUCCACUAUGCGUAGCCUUGUCCGUAUGUACUGUUUUUACCGGAAACCUAACCUUAUAAUUUCAUCAGCAAGGUCAAUUGAUCUCCGCUAAAACAAACCAGAAACGACGUCAAGGACGCUGAGCGCAUCGACCUUUUUGGCGCCGCCACACCCGCCGUCAGCGUUGCCGCCGGCUCAAGACAUAGCAUGGUCCUAACCUCGGAGCUCGCCGUCUACGUAUGUGGAUCCACUGGCCAUGGUCGCCUAGGUCUCGGCAAAGCUAUCACUUCUACCCCUUCAAUCAAUGUCUGGACACUCAAUGGCUCUUUGAGCGAGCAAUGUAAUAGUAUCGCCUGCGGUGAGAGCCACACUGCAGCAAUUUGUGGCGGUCUGAUCAUGAGUUUCGGUGCAGGCAGCUUUGGCAGAUUAGGUCAUGGCGACUUGCUGGAUACGUAUUUGCCUACAUUAGUCCGAAACUUUGACGAGGUGGCGAAGCAAGUUGCGUGUGGAGCCUUUCACACUGUGGCCCUGACGACGAAAGGCCGUCUUUGGAGCUGGGGUACUGGGUGCCCUUUGGGAUACAUGAUUAUGAGCUGCUCGUGAAAGUUGAGGUAUCGCUGUCAUCAGUGAGGAUGAAUUUCAUGUCCAUCAUCCAUGGCAAGUACUACGCAAAUGUCGGAUCAUCGUCGCUUUCCUAAUCGAGGAUUUUCUUGUCCUUAAAAACUAGUACUGAGAGUGAGACUUGUUCUUUCGAGAAUCUUUCUCUACUAACGUGCACGACGCAGACAACAGCGUCGUCUCGAUUCCAAGACGACUGAACUUCGAGUUUCAGGGACCUGUCCUGCAGAUCGCGGCGGGUCCUUUCCACACUUUAGUUCUCUGCACUCAAGGUCGCGUAGCCUGUUGGGGUAACGGGAGCCACGGAAGAAUAGGCAUGGGACCGGACAUGUCGAAUUGUCCGAAACCGAAGUUCUUGGCUGUUAGUCAGCCUGGUGCGGGUGGCGGAGAGUUUCGCGAAGCGAUUCUGAGGGAACAGAUACUAGACAUAUGCGAGAAAAAGCCAAAAGCGGGAGGAGG